UACUCCCUUGUUUCUUUCAGUAACGACAAGAACUGAAUACGCGCCAGGAAACCAAGCACCACUAAAAAAACUAAUUUAACUCUGACGAGCAGUGCAUACUUGAGGUUGAGGAUGGAUAAACUCGAUCAGAUGAACUGAGAGUUGCAACAACUAAUGGAGCUCACGAUCUGGCCAACGCUCCUCUUGCUCAUCACCCUCUCCUUCUCUCUUACGGCCGCGCUCCUCUUCCUGCUCAACGGCAAGAACAAGCAGGAGCAGCUCCCGCCCGGCCCGCCGGCGCUGCUCUUCCUGGCCAAGUUUCUGGCGCUCCGGCGAUCGAUCUUCGACCUCGGCCCGCUCCUCCUGGAGCUGCACGCGCGCUACGGCCCCGUCAUCUCCGUCCGCCUCUUCCGCACGCUCGUGUUCGUCUCCGACCGCUGCCUCGCCCACCGCGUCCUCGUCCAGAGCGGCUCCACCUUCGCUGACCGCCCGCGGCUCUUCGACCCGGGCCUCCUCUUCACCUCCGGCUCCCGCAACAUCAACGCGGCGCCCUACGGGGCCUACUGGCGCCUCGUCCGCCGCAACCUCGCCUCCGAGGCGCUGCACCCGGCCCGCGUCAGCCUGUUCGCGCCGGCCAGGCGCCGGAUGCGCGACGCGCUCGUCCGCGACCUCCUUGCGCGCGGCGGCGGCGACGGAUCGCGGGCCGUCACGGUGAGGACGCCGUUCCGGAACGCCAUGUUCGAGCUGCUCGUGUACAUGAGCCUCGGCGCCAGCGGGCUCGCCCCGGAGGUGCUCGACGAAAUCCAGGAGCUGCAGCUGUGGGUCGUCCGCACCAUCACCGGCUUCCCCUUCUUCUCCUUCUUCCCGGCGCUCACCAAGAGGCUCUUCCGGAAGCGCUGGGCCGCGCACCUCGCCGUGCGCCGGAGGCAGGACGAGAUCUUCCUCCCGUUCAUCGAAGCAAGGCGUGCCCGCGUCGGCGCCGCCGCCAACGACGAGCCGCCGUGCUACGCCGACUUCCUCCUGACGCUGCGCGUGGCCGAGGAAGGCGACCGCGGGCUCACGGACUCCGAGCUGGUAAGCCUCUGCUCCGAGUUCCUAAGCGGUGGAACAGACAGCACGAUGACCUUGCUAGAGUGGAUUAUGGCGGAGCUGGUGACCCAUCCGGAGAUGCAAGCCAAGGUGUACGAAGAAGUCAAAGCCAAGCCGGAGCUCAACGAAAGCGACCUUCAAGUGAUGCCAUACCUGAAGGCCGUGGUGCUGGAGGGGCUGCGGCUGCACCCGCCGGCGCACUUCCUCCUCCCGCACGGCGUCCAGAGCGACCGCGGCGCGGAGAUCGGCGGCUACAGGAUACCCAACGGCGCGGAGGUCAACUUCCUGGUGGCCGAGUUCGGGCGCGACGAGGCGGUGUGGGCCGCCGCGCGGGAGUUCCGGCCGGAGCGGUUCCUGGACGGCGGCGAUGGGUGCGGCGUGGACAUCACGGGGAGCAGGGAGAUCAGGAUGAUGCCUUUCGGCGCGGGCCGCAGGAUGUGCCCUGGGUACACGCUCGCCUUGCUGCACCUGGAGUUCUUCGUGGGGAGCCUCGUGAGGGAGCUCGAGUGGCUGCCGGCGGCGGAGGGGGAGGCGGUGGACAUGACGGAGAUGCUGGAUUUCACCACCCUCAUGAAGCAUCCCCUCCGUGCUCGCACCGUCCCAAGGACAAGGAGUUGAUGCCACGUCCGAUCCAUCGACAGCUUCGUCAGAAUCACAACUCUGAAAUUCUGUGGGAAAAUUAGCCUAAAAAAUACUACCUCUGCUCCUUAAUUGUUGUCGAAAUAUUACAUGUAUAUCUAUGUAUCUAGACACAUUUUAAGAAUAGAUACAUUCAUAUUGGGCAAAUUUGAGUCAAGAAUUUAAGAACAGAGGGAGUAGAAUAAAAUUCUACUCGACGUGUUUAUGUGCAUCGUAUCUGAAAUGAUCAGAAAUUCA